UGUUUGGUGUUUGGUCAAUAGGCACAAGCCUUAAUUUGAUUGCUUAGGGCCUCACCCUCAUAUAAUUUUUUUUCAUUUAUAUGCAGUAUUUUUCCCUUAAAAUUCAUGCAUUUCGUUCAUCAAGAAAAGCAAUUUUUAAGGCCUAGAAAGAAACGUAAAUCUGAAGGCCCUUCUACUAAAUUAUGGAGAAAAGCAUUUUGGAGGCUGUUGGUGUUGAAAUCAUAGGGGUAAUGGCCCCUGUAUCAGCCUGUAUGUUCCUUGUUGUUCUCUUGGUUUACAAUAUGUCCUCUCAAGGAUCAGACUCUACUAUUAGAACAGCAGCAACAUUGGUUUAUUUAGAAAAAUCCACUGAUUCUAACACCCAGAAGUUCGAAGGGGCUCUUCUAAAUGCUGGGGUCUUUGUAAUUCUCAUUGCACUAGUCACAUUCUUGCUGGUUAUGCUUUACUAUUAUCGAUUCACUGGUUUUUUGAAGAAUUACAUGAGGUUCUCGGCCUUUUUCGUGCUUGGUUCCAUGGGAGGACCCAUCUUCUUAUCGAUUAUAGAGCAGUUUUCCAUCCCUAUAGAUUCAAUCACUUGUUUUAUCCUUCUCUUCAACUUUUGUGUAAUUGGGGUCCUCUCAGUUUUCUCUGGUGGUGUUCCAAUUAUCGUGCGCCAGGUUUAUAUGGUCUUAUUGGGCAUAAUAGUAGCUGUGUGGUUCACAAAAUUACCAGAGUGGACGACUUGGGUUAUUCUUGUAGCGUUGGCUCUAUAUGAUUUGGUUGCUGUUUUGGCACCUGGUGGGCCUUUGAAGAUGCUAGUUGAUCUUGCUUCGAGUCGAGAAGAAGAGCUCCCUGCUCUGAUUUAUGAGGCAAGGCCUACAAUUUCUACGGGGAGUGGCCCCAGAGAGUCUGCUAUGAAUCUUUUGGUGGGUGGUGUCUCAGAGUCUUCAGAGACUAUGUACUCACAGUCUCAGUCGGCUUUAUCAGUUGAACUUCAACCAUCUAGGUCAUUUGUUCAAUCUUCCGAUGGCAUUGAUAGCCAUCGUGCCUCUGAAACUUGUGGGUAUUCGACAGUGACCGUAGAUGGUAAUUCUUCUAGUUUUGGUGGCUAUGGAGCUCAAAGGGCUGAUCAUGGAGAGAUAGAGCAUGUUAAUGAGGAGAUGUCCCCAUUAGUUAUUCGUGGAGGUGAAUCUCAUGACCUGAGUCAUGCGACAGAGAGGGUGGAAGAGAACCAUGAGAGAGACAGGGCAGGUGUACAUGAGAGAGGCAGGAGGGGAGAGGGUCGGAUUCUUGAAUUUGAGGCUUCAAGGGGAAUCAAAUUGGGUCUUGGAGAUUUCAUUUUUUACAGUGUUCUUGUAGGUAGAGCAGCCAUGUAUGAUCUCUUGACGGUAUAUGCUUGUUACAUUGCAAUAAUUUCUGGUCUUGGGUGCACACUUAUUUUGCUAUCCCUGUGCAACCACGCUCUGCCUGCUCUUCCAGUCUCUAUCACACUAGGUGUCAUGUUUUAUUUCUUGACUCGGUUAUUAAUGGAACCAUUUGUUGUUGGAGCAUCAACAAACUUAUUGAUGUUUUGAUACACAAUAAUACAAUUUUGUCGUUUUAUAUAGCAAA